GAAACUGGGUGUGACCCUGCGUGCUUCUGGGGGACAGUGGGGGUGACACCCCGUGUCUGUGUGGCCGGGCUAGGGGCCGGGGUCCUGGUGAGGGCCCGUGGGCGCCAGGGGCCUGGCUCUGAGGAAGACAGACCGCAGGGCACCCAUCAGGCACACACCCUAAGGCUGGCCCUGGUUAACUUCGUCUCGGACCCACGUGUGUGAGCGGGGCCAGCGGAAGGACGUCUGCAUGUGGGCAGCGAGUGACGAGAAAAGAGGGCAGCUUGGGCAUUCGGCCUCCCUCCCAGCGCGGAGGGGAGAGGGGCGCCAGGCCUGGACCCCACUGACCUCUGGCCUCCCUCACACCUGACCUGUGCACCAUGCCCAGAAGCCAGCCAGGGAUGUUGAAGGCAAGCAUGGCCCCCUGGGGGCUGGGGCUCUGACAUGCACUCCCAGGCCCGAGGGAGGGCCGUGGGCCCUCCUGCCUGGUAGCUCGAGUCGUCUGGAUGUUAGACCCGCCCAAGCCCGCUCAGGUGUACCUGUGAGCACAGAGCAAGGGGGGCUUUUCUUGCCCCCUUUUCUGGACAUGAAGAGAGACAUUGAGGCUCUGGUAGCAGAAGAAAGAGCCGAAAUCAUUGCCAAGUACCAGAAGGGGAGACAGCAUGGGGUUCAGACUGAUCUUUGGGAAGAUGCAGACUUUGCCCUUUACAAAGUCACAGACCGAUUUGGGUUUCUGCAUGAGAGUGAGCUGCCAAGUCGCAGUGCCCUGGAGGAGAAGCAAAAACUCCAAGAGAUUGAUCGUGUGGACAAGUGGCUGAAGAUGCUGAAGAAAUGGGACAAAUAUCGGAGCAGUGAGAAGAUGGCUCGAAGGGUCUACAAAGGCAUCCCCCUGCAGGUGCGGGGCCAAGUCUGGUCCCUCCUCCUGGAAGUCGAGAAGGUGAAGACAGAAAACCCUGGCAAAUAUGAGGAGAUGAGAGAGAAAGCUCAGAACUUUUCUUCUGAGAUCAGACAGAUUGAUGUGGACAUCAACCGUACAUUUCGCAAUCAUAUCAUGUUCCGGGACCGCUACGGAGUGAAGCAGCAAGCCCUGUUCCACGUCCUGUCUGCCUACUCCGUCUACAACACGGAGGUUAGCUACUGCCAGGGCAUGAGUCAGAUCGCAGCCAUCCUGCUGAUGUACCUGAACGAAGAGGAAGCUUUCUGGGCACUGGCCCAGCUGCUGGCCAACCAGAGGCACGCGAUGCAUGGCUUCUUCAUGCCUGGAUUCCCCAAGCUGCAGCGCUUCCAAGACCAUCAUGAGCAGAUCCUUGGGAAGGCCCUACCCAAGCUGAAAAAGCAUAUGGACAAAGAGCAGAUGUCCACUGGCAUUUACACCACCAAGUGGUUCCUGCAGUGCUUCAUUGAUCGGACCCCAUUCACCCUCACCCUUCGUCUGUGGGACGUGUACAUCUUGGAGGGAGAGCGGGUUCUCACCGCUAUGGCCUACACGGUUCUCAAGCUGCACAGGAAGCGCCUCCUGAAGAUGUCCCUGGAGGAGCUCAGAGAGUUUCUUCAGGAGAAGUUGGCCGGGCCCUGGGCCCAUGGAGACGACGCAGUAUUGGAUCAUCUGCAGACAUCCAUGGCUGAACUGCGCAGGAUGAAAUGCGAACUGCCUCCGCCAGCCAAAUUGGAAGAGUUCCCCAAGAAGCCUCUGGGAGUGGAAUUCUCCCUGGGCCCAGUGAUCAAUGGGCGGAGCCCCUCCCCAAGCCUGGUGAUGCCUCCUCAGCAGACAUCGCUUCCAGGAGAUGGACCUGAGCCCCAGGGGCUGGGCAGCCCAGAAUGGCCCCCCCCUCAGGACAGCCAGGACCGGGAGGAUCCCUGUCUAGGCCCCAGGCAUCUACCCUUGUCCCCCGGACAACCAGAGGCUGCGCCCCAGUCCCCAGACCUGGACCACAAGGCCUCAGCCUUCCCCGCAGAGGGUUGGCCAGGAGGCAGGGUGCCCUCAGAGCUUGAUGCAGCCCUGUUCCCUCCUCCCCCGUCCCCUGAAGAGCUGCUGCCCCCGGACAGUGUCCCAGAUGAGAACGCCUAUGCCACUGGUCCUCCCCCUCCCCCUCCCCCUCCCAUCGGCCCUGAGCAGCCUGGCCCCCUGGCCCCAGGGCCCAGCCAGCACCCUAAUCCUGAAGAGGCUGAGGGGCCAGGCAGUGCCGGCAGCAGCCUCCUCCCCAGGCACUGGGCCAGUAUGCCCAGCCUGGUUGUUCCCAUGCCCUCCUCAUUGGGGAGCAGCACCAGCCUUUGCAGGGCCCAAGUCAGCAAGGCCUUGGGGUCAGGAGCCCACAGUGCUUCAGUGGGGAGGGAGAAGAGGUUCCAGAGGGGAGCUGGCCCCCAGAGAGUCUCCCCAUGA